UUUGCUGAGUCUCAAGGCAUAUUUGCCUUCUCUCAAUGAGUCCAUUGUAUAGCUGAUGGUCCUUAAUGGGCCAUCAAGCAGGCUAGCCAGAGCUAACCCCAGUUUGUCUGGGAUGUCACCCAGAAGCACAGCAUAGGUUUGAAAUACAGACAGUAUAGAGCCAAUAUUCAUAACUUCAACUACAAAAUUGGUACACACAUAUAGACAGCAUAAUCAUAACCAGUAAACCAUAACCUUGUCUUAGACACCCCAUUUGACCCCCUUUAUACAAGAUUUGGGUGCCACUACAGGACCUUGGUUGCAACAAUGAUCUAUAUGGUCCCAGAUUAUAUCAAUAACGUCACAGCUCCGACCUGGUGUAUCUUCUGUGCCAACAAUUAUAGGCAAAUUUCCCCCUCCCUUGUCAGACUGGUAAUUUGCAUCAACACUGACACUAGUUUUCAAAUUCUCAUCAUUGUGCAUACCGCAAAAUUUCAUUUCCCUUCUUAGAGUUGACUCAUUCUCCCCAUCAGCAGUCUCAGGUCUUUUUCCCUUCACCUUUCUCCUAGAGGGUUGAGAUCUGAACCUCCCUGCUUAAAGAAUCCCGUGGCUGGCUGGGUGUGUCCACCAACUGCAGCCCCACUGGGCUCUGAGCAUCUACCCGGACACUCUCCUGCAUUCUUACUUUUAGAUCCACCACCCAGAGACUGGACUCGAUUUACAGGGACAUAAUCAAUGCCUACCAACAAGUCAGAAUCAGGAUUCUGCUUACUCUCCUCUCUCCAUUCUUGGUUCCACAUCGGAGCAGACGGGCCCGAGCCCACCUCUGACCCCUCUCCCUGCUCCUAAGGGCUGAACUGGCAAUUCGCCCGCAGAGCCCUGGAGCUUCCUGUUUGCGGCAUUAUAAAACCUCAGCCUUCGCUGCCCAUUGGCGCUUGGGAAAUCGCCUGCAGCACGGACGCAGCCUGCGGGGUCGGGAUACACGGGGACGGGCUCUACACUGCAGGCCUGGAGCCAUCUCUUCUCGGAGGCGUGGUGGGGCCUUCCAGCGGGGAACAGCCGAGCCCACGGGGCAAAUGCCGAUGUCUUCCUGCCUGCACUUCGUGGGCAGCAGCUCCUCUACAGGACAUAGUCAAAGGGUUUAGGGAGCCCUGGAACUUCCUGUUUGCGGCAUUAUAAAACCUCCGCCUUCGCUGCCUGUCCGCACUUGCGAAAAUCGCCUGGAGCACGGACGUAGCCUGUGGGGUCUGGGCACACGGGGAUACAGACCCUGCUGCAGAAUGAACGUCACCGAGUUGUCUGGUGACUACGAUCUUGACUUUAACUUCACUGCGCCCAUCUUCGAAACGCCGGAUCCGCAGCCUUUCCGGCUGACCCCCAUCCUGUGGGCAGCUCUGGUUCUCUACUCCCUCGUCUUCCUGCUGGGCGUGCCGGGGAACGCGGCUGUCAUCUGGGUGACGGGCUUCAGGAUGAAGCGCACGGUGAACACCGUCUGGUUCCUCAACCUGGCGGUGGCCGACCUACUGUGCUGCCUGGCGCUGCCGUUCCUGGCCGUGCCCGUGGCCCGCAGCAACCGCUGGGAGCUGGGUGACUUCGCCUGCAAGCUGCUCCCAUCCCUCAUCAUCCUCAACAUGUUUGCCAGUGUCCUGCUCCUGACGGCCAUCAGCGUGGACCGCUGCGCCCUGGUGACCAGGCCCGUCUGGUGCCAGAACCACCGCACGACCCGGGUGGCCUGGGGCGUGAGUGGGGCAGCCUGGCUCCUGGCUCUGCUCAUGACCCUCCCAACCUUCAUCUUCCGGAAGACGCACGCCGAAGCGUUCUCAGACAAAGUGACGUGUGUCCUGGAGUACGUUCAAGUGUCCAGUUACCAGACCGCCGUUGAGGUGUCCGUCGCAUCCUUCCGUUUCGCCGCCGGCUUCCUGGUCCCCUUCGUGGUGAUUGCCACCUGCUACGGCCUGGUCCUGGCCCGCGUCCACAGGAGCCGUUUCACUCGCUCGCGCAAGACCAUUAAGGUCAUUCUUGUGGUGAUCGUCGGCUUCUUCGUGUGCUGGCUCCCCUACCACGUGGUGGGGCUGAUCCUGGCCACCAACAAGUCGAGAACGAGCCUGUUCAAAGGUGCCUCUGAGUCCGACCCCCUGACUGUGGGUCUGGCCUACGUCAACAGCUGCCUCAACCCCGUCAUCUACGUCAUCAUGGGCCAGGACUUCAAAGACCGGUUCCAGCGCUCGCUGAAGACCAUCCUCCGCAACGUGCUGAGCGAGGAUUCGUUCUCCGUGGGUGACAGCAGGAAGAAGACCAGAUUCACUCAGGAGACCAAGUCCACGAUGGAGGACCAGAGCAUCGGGGUGUGAGCUGGGGAACGGGCCUCUGGCAGCCCCACCGUGAGCCGGACUUGUGACAUGUCAGGUGACGGCUGCCUCCCCUUCAUUCACUGUUGUUACCCUGGGGGGUCCAUGCAGGGCACACAGCCGUGUGGCCACCGCCCCUGCACCCCCCCAGGCCCUGCAGGCUGUGGGGUGGGGCAGACGGUGAUUUAAUGCACAUAGUGCCACCUCUACAUUUGCAUAUCUGAAUAGUCAUGCUCUCAUUCUCCUAUUUCCCCAUCAUCCAACCCUUUGGUGCCUCACUCCCCUUCCUACCCUCCCAGCUCCUGCCUUGAUUCCCUCCAGUCUCCAGUUCCCCAUGUCCCCCUGCUCCAAAUUCCUUCUCCAUCCCUUCCCCCGAGUCUGACCCCACCCGCAACAACCCCUCUGCCAUAGAGACAUGACUGGAGCAACACCCAGAAUCGCUCUACAACCACAUCUCCAUGGCUACAGGCCACACUCUGGGUGGGUCUCCUCUCUGGCUCGGGUCCUCUCUGUGGUUGGAGACCUCCAUGCAGUGGGGUCUCCUCUCUGGCUGGGGUCCUCUCUGUGGUUGGAGACCUCCAUGCAGUGGGGUCUCCUCUCUGGCUGGGGUCCUCCGAGAGAGAACCUGCCUCCAGGAGGCUAACUAUAGAGAUGUGGCGUAUGGAGUCUCACCCUCAGCUCUGCAGCUGUCCCAGGCAGGAGCCCUGCAUUGGGUGCUUGCCAAUCCAAGAGCCAGGCUAGAGCUGGUGGCCCUCAGCCUGGGUUCCUCUCUCCCAAGCUACGGGGGUAACUCCUCUGCCAGGCAGCAGUAGUAGCCUGUUACCCUCUUAGGCAAAUCAGCCACAAGAGGGCGACAGAGACCCGCCCUCCCUAGCACGGGGCUUAGGGAGACCCAGGGCCGCAGGACGUGACUCUCCCUGUCCCUUAUGCAGUCGUCGGCACCAGCCCAGGGUGUGAAGCACAGGUCGGAACGGGGCAGCGUUUGGGCACGCACUCUGCAAGGGGGGGGCCGAGCACCUGAGAGCCAGGCGCCCAUGGGCAUCCAUGCAAGCACCCCCGUGCAAGCUGCAGCAAGCAGCAUCCACCAGGGAAGAUUACGGGAGAGUUUCUAGCCUCCCACCCCUGUUGCCAGAGGCUCGGAAUUUUCUGUAACUUCCCCCUUUUAGGGCUGGGAUUUUGGGGAUUAGGUUUUUGGAGCCAACUGCCCCCGCCCCACCCCCCCAGCACCCUGCAGAGGCACCAUCCCGGAAAUGUUGGUGGUUUGGUUUUUGUGUCAUGGGGGAGGACGACUGGCAGGAAAUCACCCUCCUGCUCCAGGGCACGAGCCAGCCAGAGACUUCCCAGGAGGUGACAGGUCUGAGUGCACCUCUGCCAGGCCCAGGCCUGGGACACAGCACCCUGUGCUGACCCAGGGGGUCUGAGUGAGUCCUGGCACCUCUGGGCUUCCCUCUGGGAGCCGGUGCCCAGCAAGCCAAAGUAUUGUUUGUUUUAACCAUAGGAACAAAGCAUUUAAAGGGGAAAAGGGUUUUAAAAACAGUCUGCGACCAUUUCUCUCCUACCUAAAACCAUUCUGCGAUGGGGAUCUAGACAGGGCCGGCGUCUUCAGUUGCCCCAGCGGCUCCUGCAUGUCACCCUGGCCCCCCCAAACAGCCCCUCCCAGGAGACGCUCGUUACAAACGCUCGAGUCCCUUUGCUCGCGGGCGUGCACAGGCCUCGGGCUGGCUUGGCGCUAUCUCCUACCAGCACUCAGGCAUUUGCUGAGCAGUGGCUUAUCUUGAGCUGUCCUGCGUCCUUCCUGCUGGUUUGUGCGGCCAGAUACUGAUUGAACUGAACCAACAGCUUCAUCCCGCGACGUCCACAGACAGCGGCCAUCCCCUGUCGGGGCUCGGCUCCAGCUCCGUCACCCCUCGAGUCUCGUCCCUGCACACCGGCCUCUGGAGCAGCUGGGACUGGCUGGGCAGAGGUAGCGUGAGUCCUGCCCUGAUCCGUGGUCCCGGAACCCCCCAGGAGGUCUCACCAUGACCCUCCCUCCAGCCCCGUGUGAUUGUGCAUUGCUCCCUCCGGGCCUGGCAGCCCCGGUCCCUGCGGCGCCCCCUCGGCCCUGGGCUGAGGUCCCCCUGCCCUGGCAGAUAAACAGUGGCUCUGUGGCUUGCUCCUUGGCGCUCCGCCUUCCUCCAUUAGCCUGUACGCGGCUCUGCUUACCCUGGGCGAGGCCCCUCCGUCGCCCGCUGGGUCAGCGCCAAUGUGAUCCUGGGGGUGUUUCCAGGUUUGCCAUAAACACAGACAUGGCUGCUGCCGGGUCUCUCCUUGACUCUUGCUGUGACGAUGAGUGUGGGGCAUCUGGGGGGGCAUGAAGCCACCUGUUUAUUUGUCAGGGCCGGGGAACAAGGCACCCGAGGGGCUGGGAAUGGGGCUGCCACGCCCUGAAGGGAGGGUUGGGGUGUGUGUUACAUUUAGCAGUUUCUGGCGCUGUCCACAAGGCUGGGCUUCUUGGGGCGCUGGUUCUGCACACACUGUCCAGAGGUCUCUCUUUGCCAGGGUCCCGUACGCGGACCAAUUCAUGCACCACACAGUGGGGGGUUCUUCAGAUUCCUGCCCCCCCCAGCGCGCGGUGCUGCUCCCGGGAGACCCGAGUAACUGCUCCCCGUGUUCAGUGAAUAAACGUGCCUCUUUGUCGCUGCGUUGGAGUUUGUGUUGGGAUGUUGGGCUGGUGCUUCAGGGUUAAAAACUGAAAAGCAGAAGCCCUGUUCCUAGCUGAGCUCAUCAUCUCUGGUGUUUUCCUGGGCGUCUGCCCUGCGACGUAGCUAGGGACAGCUGCAUGUGGAGACAUGGGGCGGGGGCAGGCCAUGAAAGCAGCGUGUCUGAAAGGCGCCACAGGCUGGGUGCCUGGUGGGGUCUGAUGAGCGGAGGGUGAGGGGCUUCCCUCUGCCUCAGUCCGUGGCCCUGAAGCACACCGAGUCGGGUGCUUCCCAGGGGACGCGGAGCGUGACGUUCCCUGGCCCCAGGACUCUGAUCCCGCAGUCAGAUCCAGGCCGGUGCAGGGGGGUCACGAUCCAAGGAGCCCAGCCGCUGGGUGCUGGGGGCUUUUCGAUGUGCCACAAGCGAGGGAGCGGCAGGGGCAGGGGCAGCACACGCUGGCCAGGAGGGUGCAAGCAGAAACAUCUCCAGUGAGUCUGUGAAUUAUGUAUGUUCCAUCUAUAUGCAUCCGAAGAAGUGGGCUGUAGCCCACGAAAGCUUAUGCUCUAAUAAA